AUGGUAAAAGUCGUUUUUCUGCACCCUGACUUGGGCAUCGGCGGCGCCGAAAGGCUUGUAGUGGAUGCAGCGCUCGCUCUGAAGUCCCGCGGGCACGAGGUCCACUUCCUGACGGCCCACCACGACCCGGGCCACUGCUUCCCGGAGACUCGGGACGGCUCGCUGCGAGUCACCGCCGUGGGAGACUGGCUGCCCCGGUCCGUGUUUGGGCACUGCUACGCGCUCUGUGCGUAUCUGAGGAUGGUGUUUGCUGCACUCUGGCUUGUCGCUGGUAGUGGGUGGGAGUAUGAUGUCGUCUUUUGCGAUCAAAUCUCCGCCUGUGUACCGUUUCUAAGGUUGAACCGUUGGUCCCGUGUGAUUUUCUACUGCCACUUCCCCGACCAGCUGCUAACCCAGCGUCACAGCAUGUUAAAGCGGCUGUACCGAGCUCCUAUAGACUGGUUAGAGGAGACCACAACUGGCAUGGCUGACUGUGUGCUGGUCAACAGCAACUUCACAGCUGGUGUGUUCAGGGACACCUUCACGUCCUUAUCACAAGUGACCCCCGCCGUGCAGUACCCCUCACUGAACUUUUCCGCUUUCGACGCUCCCGUGGACCCCCCUGGUGACCUCAUCCCGCAGGGGUCGGGGGUCGUCUUCCUGUCAAUCAACCGCUACGAGAGGAAGAAGAACCUUGGUCUGGCUAUCAGAGCACUUGGAAAGCUGAAGGAAAAGCUACCAAAAGACAAAUGGCCAACAGUGCACCUCAUCAUGGCAGGUGGCUACGACAAUCGUGUCGUAGAAAACGUCGAACACCACCAAGAACUCGUAAAACUCGCGGAAGACCUCGGACUCUCGGACCACGUGACUUUCCUACGCUCCUUCAGCGAUGCCCAGAAGAGAACUCUCCUCUCCCACAGCACUUGCCUCCUGUACACCCCUAGUAAUGAGCAUUUUGGUAUAGUCCCUUUGGAGGCCAUGUACAUGAAAUGCCCUGUGAUCGCUGUUAACAGCGGCGGCCCUUUGGAGACCGUAGGCGACAAAGAAACCGGCUUUCUCUGUGACCCUGAAGCAGAGAGUUUCGCCGCGGCAAUGCAGAAGUUUGUGGAUGACAAGGAUUUGUCAAAGAAGUACGGAAACGCGGGAAGAGAUCGGGUGGAAAAGAAGUUCUCGUUCGAAGCGUUCACGCAGCAGCUAAAUAAGGUAGUGGGAGAUACCAUGAAGCUGGACCCAAGGGGGGGUCGGGUGUUGACAGUAUUCGUGACUCUACUGUUCAUAGGAGGGGUGGGCCUUGCAUUUAUCCUGGGCCAACUGUUAGGAUAGAAGGGGAAUAUCAAAGAUUUUGAACAAAAUGUCAUAAUUCAGCAUAGCUUUUACAUCUUUGUA